UUGAAUAAUUGGUGUGUUGAUGGUGUCAUUCCUCUUACAAAAGAAGAAAUCGAAGCUGAAAGAGUAGAAAACAAGAAGCUUAUGAAACAAUUUACCAAGAAUAUACUUAAAUGUGAUUAUUCCAACAUGAGUGUUCCAUGUUCCUACUCUGAGCCACGCUCCUUCCUUGAACGUAUGGCAGAUUUCUUUUCAUUCCUUGCAGGCGAAUACCUUGACAAAGCUGCCGCUGCAACUGAUCCAGAAGAGCGCCUCAAACUCAUCACCAUCAGUAUUGUAUCAUCACUUCAUCUCUAUCAUCAGACAAAGAAGCCAUGGAAUCCAGUUUUAGGCGAGACAUAUGUUUGCAAUUAUGGAUCUGGUGCUAUUUUAUAUGGAGAACAAGUCUCUCAUCACCCACCUAUCUCUAACUUUGAGCUUUUUGGCAAGAAUGGUUCCUGGAAGGUUCAUGGUCAGUGCAAUUUCGUCGUUGACUCUUCAAUGAAUCAUUUUGAAGUUAAGCAAAAUGGAAUUUUCGAAUGCGUGUUCCCUGAUGAAGACAAAUAUCAAUGGGAAUUCCCCAAUACUUACGUACAUGGCCUUCAACAUGGCGACAGAUUUAUUCGCGUUGUUGGCAAGAUUGUUGUUAAGAACCUCGAAAAAGGACUCAAGUCUGUCAUUCGUCUAGCACCAAAGAAGGACAAGAAGCUCGGAAUUUCGGAAUUUGCUUACUCAUACAUUUACGGCGGAAUUAAAAAGAUUCGCGGAAAGAAGGAGAAAAAGACCGAUUUUACAAAAGUCUAUCGUGGAGACUACUGCAAGCAGCUCACGUUGGAUGGCCAAGUCAUUUGGGAUAUUAACAAUGACAGAGCAAAGAGGCCACACCAGGAUAUCGCUGAUGAAUACCUCCUUCCAGCAGAUUCGAGAUUCAGAUUCGAUCGAGCUUAUUUGAUUGAUAAAAAGCCAAUGGAUGAUGCGGACUUAAUGAAGAAGACUAUUGAAGAUGCUCAGAGACGCGAAGAAAAACUUAGAAUUUGCGUCAAGAAAUAA